AUGUACUAUACAUUCACGCUACUGAAGACAUACGUGAAUAAUCGUAGCCUUCCGUCAACUUCUACUAUCGAGCGACUAGAUCGUAUCGACGUUAGAAAAUCAGGCAAUAUAUACGCCCUCGAUACGCGACGAGUGGUGAAAAGAUAUAAGAGCGACAAUAAUGCCGAGAUUCGUGCCGAACGAGAAGUUUAUGAACGCCUAGGCUGCUAUCCUAAUAUUGCGAAAUUUCUAGGCGCUCUAGAUAAUAGUUCUAUUAUCCUCGAGCGCGGACAAGCGGCUACGGGGUUACAAUACCUACAUAACUACAAUAUUAUCCAGGCUGAUGUGGGAUGUCGAAAUAUGAUCAUCGCUCACGGUGAUUUAAAACUCAUCGACUUCGAAGGCUGCAGCAUUGAUGGGAAAGGGCCGACUUCCUCGUAUAAGUGGUUUAGCUACAAGCCAUCAACGCCCCGCGCCACGGUGCAGACCGAUAUCUUUGCCCUGGGCUGUGCAAUCUACGAAAUUGUGACCGGCAACCCCCCACAUUAUGAGUUAAAGGGAAUGAAAAACGCACAAGAGCGCGUCGAGCGUCUAUACGAAAGCAAUCAAUUUCCGGAUGUGGCCGAUCUGCCCAUGGGAGCCAUAAUGCUUGAUUGUUGGCAUGGGAAAUUUAAGUCUAUACGUGAGGCUGUCGAGAGGAUUGAACUGCUCAGGCAGUCUACCACCAAGUCACGGUACAUCAUAAGCUGGUGGAGAAUGAUGACCGUGCAAUGCCAGCCAAAGUGGCGGUUGCAACCCAGCGAAGAUAGACCCUGA